GUGAAGAGGCAGUCGCGUCUUCCAUUUCCAAGUCCCCAGCUUGGUGAGAUUGGCAACACAAUGAUUUGAAUCCCAUCGGUCAAGCAGCAGCACACAGACCGGUUCCACCAACAAGGCAUUGUACCGCUGUCUUGCACACGGCCUUCUCUCCCCCUCCCGGCCGCAUCCUGGCUCUGUACCAGCAUGGACUCUGUCACCGGCGAUCCAUUCGAUGUGCCCGACUCGACCGACUGGCUCGGGACGCCGCUUGCAGGCCUCAUGCAGGUCGAGCAGGCCUUCCGCUGCCACGUCUGCAAGGAUUUCUACAACUCGCCCAUGAUUACCUCCUGUAACCACACGUUUUGCUCCAUCUGCAUCCGGCGAUGCCUGUCCGUCGACGGCAAAUGCCCCCUGUGCCGUGCGCUCGACCAGGAAUCCAAGCUGCGGGGGAAUUGGGCCUUGCGGGAAGCGGUGGAUGCCUUUGUCAAGUCCCGCGAUGUGCUGCUGCGCUUUGCCAAGAACGCCUCCGACGCUGCCACCCCAAGGUCACCUAAGCGGAAAAUGACAGAGAUGGCCGAGCCGAGCGAGGAACAGCGAGAUAACAAAAGACCCAGGAUGCCUACGAGGUCAAGCAAGGCGAAGGCGGCCGAGGUAACUGCCGCACUCAUGCGUGAAGAGGCCGAUGUGUCAGAAGGCGAAGACUCAACGUAUUGCGAGCCCGAGCCAGACGAUGGAUUGGUGGCAUGCCCGAUAUGCUGGAAGCGAAUGAAGCCCUGGCAAGUUGACAAACACAUCGACACUUCAUGUCCGGGUUCUCCCCAGCCGCAAGAGGCCUCCUCGUCGUCAACGGCAAACAAUCGCAGUGGGAACAGUUUUGGGUCAGCGCGGACACUUUUGCAGAAUCCGCCGACGCCGACAAAAGCACCCGAGCGACUACCAGCGCUGGCGUAUUCCAUGCUCAAAGAUUCCGCCCUCCGCAAGAAGCUGGCCGAGCUGGGGCUCUCCACGAGCGGCUCUCGGCAAAUGCUCGAGAAGCGCCACCAGGAGUGGGUGACGAUCUGGAACGCGAACUGUGACUCGGCAAGGCCCAAGAAGCGCUCUGAGCUCUUGCAUGACCUGGAAGUGUGGGAACGCACAAUGGGCACGCGAGCACCAACCAUGUCAAAGGCGGCCAACAUGGGAGCGCAGAUCAAAGACAAGGACUUUGACGGAGCUGCUUGGGCUUCGAAGCACAGCAACUCAUUCAAAGAGUUGAUAGCCCGGGCGCGCAGCUCAAGUAGCAAGGGUCACCAAAAGAGAGGCGAAGUUGGCAACUCUGAGGCAGGCUCAACAGAGCCUGAAUCAGAACAGAACAGCGAGAUGGGAGUGGAUCGUGCAGCUGCAGUUCGGGGGCAUUCAGAGCCGGCGGCGGUGCCUGUGAUCGAUCUCACAGCACCACCGUCCAGUCAGCCCCGACCGCCCGAUUCACCCACCGAAGGCGGGCAGGGCCUGUCACAGACAUCACUUCUUGGGAGAGCGCCAUACACCGCACAAUCCCCGUUGGGGGAAGCAGAGAGUGCGCGUUCAUGAGACUUGAGGCAUGAAAUAUACUAGUCAUUAACUCGUGAGCAAGUUCCUGUAGUACUCCAUGUCACACAGUGCCGUUACUCCUUCCCGCUCCAAGAUCUCCUGCCGAACCGACUCCCAUG